UGGCGUUCCUUUGUCAACCAUAAUCCACAAUACACUCUAAUUCUGUUAUUUCCCACUCCCUUCCUGUCCUUCCAAAUUCUUUGGUCAAAGAACUGCACCAUUCAAAGGAACCAGCUACACGCCUUAGUGAAAAAGAGUUAAUUUACUCUUUACAGUUGUUGGCAUAAAGACGGCUACACCUUGCGUAGACUAGGACUAAGACUUAGCGCCUAGAAGUGUACAACCAGCGGAGGGCGCUAUCAAAGCUGCAGGCGCCCUACACUCCUUUUAGUACGUCUCUAUUGGCCAUACUGUCAACACACGACAGUCGACCUAGAAGUCUAUCAUACUUGUGCUCAUAUGGAGGCGUUGACGGAACAUGGCCUCGUGGCUGAAACAGCGAGCGGCACGUUUAGCUUUAAGAAUAAGAUCACAUCAGCGUCGAUCAAGACUCUGUGGGACAAACUAUCGCGUUUCAUCACAGAUGCCUUGAGGCAACAGAAGGGCGUCCUGGUGCCCAACCUGGGCACCUUCAGCGUUGGACCCGUCGUUGGAGAGGCCCGCAAGAAGGUCCGCCCAGCCUUCACUUUGCUGGAGACCCGUUAUGCAGGGGUCUCACAGGAGCGCCCCAAGUACUCCUUAGGCGGGCGCUGCCCGGUGCUGCAGCCCAACUACGGCCUGCUGGCCACCGCCUCAGCGGUGCACCGGGGCGCGUGUCAGCGGCUGGUUCUGGAGCUCAUGCAGCGGCUGGGCGUCCACAUCCUGUCGGGGCGGCCCAUUUCGGUGCUGUUCCCCGGCGUGGGACGGCUGUUCACCAACAAGGCGGGGCGCAUCCAGUUCGAGUUCGACCAGCUGCUGCGGGAGUUCUUUGAGCUGGAGCGGGAGCGGGUCAUCCCAGAGAUGCCGUACGAGGAUGCGGCGGCCUCUGCAGAGGUGGUCCGGGCGCUGCAGCAGGUGCACCUGCACAACCCGCCAGCCAUCAAGAGCAGGCCGACCACGGGUGCUUCCUCCGCCGCUCCGCAAGCGUCUCCUCCCUCGCGGGUGAAACGUGCCGCGGGGGCGCCGUACUCGGGCGCGCUGCUGGACCUCUGGCGGCUGUGCAAGAGCAACGACAGGAUCAACUCGGGCUGCGUGCCGCGCCUGCAGCUGGAGCAGUGGCUCUACAAGGAGUGCGCGGCGCUGCUGCGGCAGCUGGCGGCAGCAACCGUCCUGGAGCUCCUGGCCACCAACACAUACGGCAAGACGGGCAAGCACAUCCUGUACAAACCCUUCCUGGACCAGAUGGAGGCCGCCAUCGGAGCCAUGAGCCCGCGGGAGCUCUCGCCGCGCCCCGUGCGGUCACCCCGGCCGGCUGUGGAGGACAGCCCCUCGCAUGAUGCCCAGGGGCGGGACCUCGAACUGCAGCUGGAUGCGGCCUACCAGGAGCGGGACGUUGCAGAGGUGACGCUUUCGCCCGUGGGCCAAGGGCACCACCCACCCCAGGCGCGCCACCCGCCUCCGCCCCUGACACUGCCGCAGACGCCAGGCGUGCCCACGCCGGCAUGGCAGGAGCAGGCCCCGGAGGCUGCCGUGCCGCACCAUUACUUCCAGAACCAGCUGUCGCCCCGCUCACGACGCGAGUACGACAACUUUAACCGGUUACACUUUGAGAAGCUCGAGCAGGCACGCGGCCGCGACUACAAGCGCGCCGUGACGCCCAAGGUGGGGGAGGACCUGCUGAACCAGCGGGAGUACCUGGCCAUCCGCCACACAGGGGAUGCGGUCACACCGGCGUCGGUGCUGGGAGGAAUGCAGGACGACCGACCCUACAGCCGUGACACGGGGAAGGAUGCUUCCUCGGCCCCGAGGCGGAGAGCAUCUCCCGGGCCACGGCCCCAAAUCCUCACCCUGGCACACGACACGCCGUCGCCCUCUCCCUCGCCGUACAUCCCCGGUCUGCCCACACACUUCUACCAGCCACAGCAGCAGCAACAGCAAUACGCCGGUACGCCCCAGCAACGACCGUCCUCUUCACGGCAGCCGACGCCAUCCCAAGACGGGCCGUCGCCCAUUUCGCAGUACGACAUUAUAAACGAGCUGGACCCCGUGCUGCGGCAGCGCAAGCGUAGCGAGCUUGCUCACGUCCUGCAGCGCAACUGGUCCGAACAGAUACAAGAGAAGGAGCGGGUGCUGCAAGAAAUUGCAGUUGCGGAGUCGCAGUGGCCGUACGUGCCUGUACGACACCCGAAUGACAAGCGCCCGUCCAGCGCGGUCAGCCGGCAGAUGUCUCGCGGCUCCAGGCUGGAUUGACGCAACUCGUUUGGUUAGGGGGCUGCUAGGUUAGGGGUUAUGCAGGGGUCCAACCUGCACGUCUCGGGACAACGAAGGCAAGCACACGAACGGCAAAGCCUACUCUCCAUGACACCGUGUUGGUUAAGACGGUGCCGUCUGCACUUUUACUAUGUUUGUCUCCUCUUGAUAAGGGGAGAACUUCGUCCUUUGUUGACUGUUACAGGGACAUGGGGUAGCGUCCCAGUAUCGACCCACUGGUCCGGUAGUAGGUGAAGGCGGUGGCGGGCCCUAUUGGAUAUAUUGUACAUACAUUUGUGCAUAAUAGCUUGCUUGAGACGGAUGUAUAUGUUCCCAAAACGGGCCCGGCGCGAAAGCGACAUUUGGGUUCGGAGCGCUGCCUCGACGGAUAUUCACUACAUGUAAGCCACUCGCAUAACGCUGUAUGAAACGAUCAGUUUAAACACAGAGCUCACAGGCCUUGCUAGGAGAUCGAUAUUGUAGUCCACUCCGCAAAGUUGCGAGGUCCCGCAUUAUAGAGUUAUAUAACUAUGAGCAUCACCGCAGAGCAGGUUAAGGAGAAGCUCCAAUCAGCGCUAGAAGCGCAAGCUGUGGAGGUUAUCGACACGUCUGGAGGGUGUGGGGCGGCUUUCGAAGUGGCCAUUGUAUCAGCACAGUUUGAGGGCAAGUCGCUCAUCCAGCGCCACCGAUUGGUCAAUGAGGCACUAAAGGCUGAAAUGGCCUCCAUACACGCGCUAUCCAUCAAGAAGUGCUGGACGCCUGCCCAGCAGCAAGCUGCCACGACUGCGCAGUGACAACGCGGGCUAUAGCCGCCUGCGGGGUCCAUUAAGACCCUGACAGGAAUCACUCCGCACC